GGUUCCGGUGCUGAAGAUCGGCGAUCAAGGUUAGUUAUCUCCUUUUCCUUCUUUCAUGUAUUUACUUUAAUUGUUUCUUAUGUAUAUUUACGUGUAGAGGCGCAACUGUAUCAAGCUGCCUUCGCCACGUUUGGUGGGUCUAUGGGCGUGCGCCCAUUGCGCGAUGACGAGGAGAGCUGGUAUGACCAGAUCAAGGGCAACUUCAUGUAUCCGGUUGAUGGUGCCUUUGCUUCGCCGCCAACCACGACUGAAGGUGUGUUGCGCGACCUGGGGAUUGACCCAGAAGAGAAGAAGAAGAAACCCCUGAAGAAGAAGAAGAAGACAAAGGUGGAUUCUGAAGUGACCAGCAAGGGGACUGGCACUAGUCGCGCAACCGCUGCUGCUGUUAAAGGUACUCUUCGCCUUCGACAAAGUGACUUAGACGAUUUUGUGAUAAUCAGUGACUCACUUGAAGGCUUAUCGCGCACAGCUAAAACAAAAACUGGAGCGGGUGGCUCAAAAAGCUCUGGGAGCGCGGGUUCUCGUAACCCUGAUGCUGGCGCGACCCCAUCUGUGCCUGAAGAUGAUGAGGCUGAAGAAGAAGAAGAUGCUGCUGCCCAGUUGAUUGGCAGGAAAAGGGGUAGAAGUGAGGCCACGACUGGUGUGGCUUCCGCGGCUACUGCUGUUGUGAUUCCCUUGGUUGGGAAAACGAGCAACCUGCGCUCGUUGUAUAAGUUUUCUCCUGAGAUCAAGAAGAAGACCCCUGAGAAGGGUGUCAAGUUCAGUGAGCCAGGGUCGAAGAGGCCGAAGAUUACCAUCAAGUCUUCUGAUACUGCUGCUCAGGACACUGCGAAGGCUGCCGAGGCGCAGCGAAAGGCAGAGGAGAAUCAGAAGAGAGAAGAAGAGAGGAAAAAGAAAAUUGAGGAGGAGAAGAGGAGGAAAGAUGAAGAAGAGAGAAAGAAGAAGGCGGAGGAGGAGAAGGCAGCCGAAGAGGCGAAGAAGAGGGCCUUGGAAAAGGAGUUGGAACAGAAGAAGGCUAUGGAUCAGCCUGUCAAUGUUCAGGGGCCUGAGGUCGCCAAACCUACCCACUCCGCGCAUGUCGAGACCCAUGAUCGAUCCAAGAUCACUACUUCUAAGGGGUCGGGUCGGUAUACCUCUAGCGGCGCGAGCUCUGGUGGAGCUGGGGGUUAUAACCCAAACGUGAUUGGGGCGAAGGACACUGUUGGUGACAUAUAUUACAAAACUUAUACCGAAGAAGAACGCGGUGACGCCCCUCACCGAGCUCCCUGGAGCUUGAAGCAAAAGGAUACCUUUUCGGAAUUCGGCCCUUGCCGCGAGUGGUUCUUGAACUCGUUCACCCCUGCAGAGAGGCCAAUGCUCGCGCUGCCAAUCAUCAGAUAG